AUGUUAGGCAGGGAGAAUGAGCUAGCUGCUCAGCGAGUUGUCCGUUUGCUGCUGGCGGAUCCUUGGCUGCUGUAUAAGGAGCACAGCACGGUAAUGUCGGUGUUAAUGGUGGUACCACAGAACUGCAGCGGGGCUGCACCUACUGUGGGGCCCAAUGUUGGGGCUGCGUGCGUCGAAGACAGCAGCUCUGUUAUAUCCUCCUGUGCCCACGGGGGCAACACGGGAGGGUUUGACCCUGCUACAGCAGCAGCAGCAACAACACCGUCAGGCAAGGGUGUGCCCUGCAGCGACAGGAACUACGGAGACACUUCAUCAUCAGCAGAAACCCCUGGCGGUCUGUCUCCUCUUCCUGUGAGGAGCCUCGUCCCCAUGAGGCUAUGCUUCGAUGCAUGCAGCCCGGUGGGGACCUGCAGGGGUAAGGGGGCAACCCCAAGCAUGCAGCAGCAAGACAGAGACGUGCAGCUGCUAAUAGAGCUUUCUGUUGAAGGAUCUGCUCUUGAUAUCCGCAGCUUUCCCCAACAAAUUGUGCAGUUAAUAUCCGCGGAUGAUAACGACAGAGACACAGGAGCAGCAGGGGCUCCCUACUUCCCUCAAGAGGACUUUAGUCCCCACGACUCAAUCAUCCUUAACGCCUCUAGCGGAGAUAUGCCCUACCCGACUCGCAAAUAUAUGGACGUGAGUCGAGUAAUAUUACAGGGGACAUGCAGACGGGUGGUGUCGCCUGCGGGCACAUCAACAUUGCUGAAGACGAGGGAAUUUGGUGCUCGUUUGUCGGCUCAUCAGCGGCGAUCUGUGGAGAUGCAGCUGCCAGAGAGUCGCAUUUUGGUGCAUAUUGAGAUCCGUGGGGUACCACAUAGGGAGCAGCAGCAGCAGCAAGCAGGAGGAGGAGCAGCAUCAGCAGGAGGGGAGGGAGGGGGGUUAGCAACAACCCCUCAACAGGUAUCUUCUCCCAUACCUGCUGCAGGCGCACGAUAUCCUGCUUCUUACUUUACUAGUAAACAAUUCCUUACAGAACAUAGAGAGACAGAACCCUUCACUGCAGCAGAUGCAGCUCUCCUCAUCUCUCAGCGUAUUAAUGAUCAACAUCGACACGUCUGGGGGGCAGCCAAAGUUGUCCUCUGGGAGGCAGAUGAGACCACCAAUGACGCAAAUAUCAAAGGUGCUGUCCAUGACGAGGUUCCUUCGGGGAAAUCAGACUUCCAGACUUGGAAGAUAUUAGUUGCUGUUCUUGUCCCGUCUUUUGUGGUUGGAGCUCUCGUGGUUGCCUCUUGGCACUCCACCUCCAUUUGCAGCUGUGACAGAGGAGCAAAAGAUGAGCCCCCUCCUGCCUCUACCCCAGAGCAGAAGUCCUCCCCAGCAGCAGGAGCAGCAGGAGCAGCAGGAGCAGCAGGAGCAGCAGCAGGAGGGGGAGCAACUGCUGCUUCUGCUACUGUACCACCAGCAGCAGAUGGAAACACUGCUGCCGGUGCUGUUACACCUGCUGCUACUCCCACCGCAGUUGCCGCACCUGCAGCUGCCGCAGCAGCUGCAGGUGCUGUUCCUGCUGCUGCUCAAACAGCGCCAAGGUGUAAAGCCUCUUUAGAAAUAGUAAAGGGCUCAUGA